UAAGGAUCAACGCUCCAGUAUACAACAACCUCAAUUAAGGCCCAAACACGUAUAAAUUAACAGACAGACUCUUCCAUUGUUGUGUUGUGCAUCAAAGUGCUCGGGAAUCUUAAGGAAACCAAUUAACCAAAGAGAUGAAAGAAGGGUUCGUUGUGGAAGCUGGGUUCGUAUUCCAAGAAGAAACUCAUCUCACCGUCCUAAAGACCUCUCUUUUCUUCGCCGAUGAUGGCUUCACCGUCUAUGAUUGCAAGGGCGACUUGGUCUUACGGGUCGACUCGUACGGGCCCGGGCCCGAAGCCCUUGACAGCGGCGAAAUCGUUCUCAUGGACGGGAACGGAAGGUGCCUCCUCACUGUCCGCCGAAAGAUGACGAGUCUGCAUCAGCGGUGGGAGGGCUUUAUAGGGGAGAGAGACAGUCACCAGAAACCGAUCUUCAGCGUGCGGAGAUCCUCAAUGAUCGGACGGUCGACCUUGAGCGUGGAGGUGUUUAGGGACCCAGAGCCUUGUGAGGAGUACCAGAUCGAGGGCAACUUUUCUCGACGCUGUUGCACGAUCUUCAAUGCGGAAAUGGAAUUAGUGGGUGAGAUCCGACGCAAAGUGGAUGCUUCCACCCACGUGGUGCUUGGGAAGGACGCUUUCUCUCUUUGCAUCAAGCCUGGCUUUGAUGGGGCUUUUGCCAUGGGAUUGGUGCUCAUUCUGGAUCAGAUCAACUGCGAUGAUUAUGUUACUCAGGUAGUUCAGGUGGAGCCCGUCACAGAUGAUUCCGUUACUCAGGGAGUUCCGGUGGAGCCCGUCACAGAUGAUUAGUGGGAUAUUUUUUUGGCUUUGUUUUAUGGCUCGACUCUAGAUCUUUAUUGUAUUUUAGUAUGGAAGAUCUUUCAAGGAGUUACUCCUACCUGCUAUUACAUUUCCUGGAAGCCCUGCACAUGCAAGCUGCUUACUUGUCUAGUACUGAUCAAAAGAUAUCUUACUUAAAAUAAAAAUACUACAAAUUUCAAAUU